AUGCGAGACUACCUUGGCCCAAACCCAAUGUACAACGACGAGCUCUUCCGUCGCCGUUUUCGAGUACCAAAGACGCUGUUCAAUCGCAUCUGUUGCGAAGUAGCGACGACCGACCCUUGGUUCCUCCAGCAACGAGAUGCUGCGGGCAAACGUGGCGCUACCAAGGAGCAGAAAACUACAGCUGCGCUACGAAUGCUCGCGUAUGGCAUCGCCGCAGACGCAACCAACGAAUACUGCCGGUUAGCGGAAUCAACAGCCAUGGCCUGCAUGAAACGCUUUGCUAUGGCGAUUGUGACAACGUACGAGUCCGAGUACCUUCGCACGCCAAAUGACGAUGAUAUGUCAAGUAUUUUGGCCACGAAUGCCGCACGCGGAUUGCCAGGCAUGCUGUGCUCACUGGAUUGCAUGCAUUGGUUCUGGGAGAAGUGCCCCCGCGCAUGGGCGGGUCAAAUUACUGGAAAGGAUGGCAAGCCAUCACUUGUGUUGGAGGCGGUUGCCACUCAGGACCUUUGGAUUUGGCAUUGCUUCUUCGGUUGUGUUGGAAGCUGCAACGACAUUAACAUCCUUGCUCGGUCUCCUAUCUUCCAAGAUCUGUACAACGGUAAGGCAAUGUGCUCUGCUUACGAAAUCAACGGGACUAGCCGGACGACCCCGUACUACUUGGUGGAUGGGAUUUACCCUGACUGGACUGUGUUUGUCAAGACGCUCUCGUCCCCCGACACAGCGAAGAAGCAGUACUUUACGCGUGUCCAAGAAGCCUGUCGUAAAGACGUCGAAAGAGCAUUUGGCGUCUUGCAAGGUCGGUGGCACAUUCUGGCCAAGCCGUGCAAGCUUUAG